GAAACGUUUCAGGUACCGCAUCAGAUGACUGUGUGCGUUACAACAUGAGGCAUUCACUGAAGGAAGUGAGUUAAAGUACUUCCCUAGGCUUUCGAUUGCAAGAAGUCUGUGGAACAUAAGAAAUAGUCUAACAGAGGCUGUUAGCCUAAUAUCUUCAUCUCUGAUGGCUACGUGAACCUUGGUUCAGUUUCUCCUAAUGAAUUCACCGAAGGGGGCGGGAACAGAGAAGAGCAACCAAGAACAACUAUGACCUGCCAAAAACUUUGCUCAGGUACUGACUGGAAUGAAAUAAGUUGUAAACUGUACAUGCAGAUUUUAAAUCCUGGACCGAUUAUCUCAACUGACGUAAUUUAUUCCUGAAACUAAUAGCAGUCUUAGGAGCUGUGACUACAAACAGUUGGGUUACGGGUUCCAGCCACACUCUACCAACCGAGGUUUCAGCAGCCAGGUAGUAUCACUACCCCUCACAAUAGGUGUGGUUCAUUGCCUACUGCACGGAUGUGCACAAGCUAACUGAGUCCGUUUCGAUUUUUCGACGAGCAUUUUUAUAACAGCAACGCUAUCUAGUCGUUCAUUCGACUUCUAAACGGCAGUCUUGGUAACAUUGCCUGGCGAGACUUCAUUGUCUGGAAACCCAGUAUCGUAAGUCUUUACCAUUUAGAAUUUUAGGGUCUUAGUUAAACCAUUGACUCUCUUCUCCUUACCCUAUCUUAGAUUGGUUGGUCAAGAUGUAUACGUAUGUUUCUAUUCCUAUUUUUUCCCGUGUUUGUAAGCACGAGUUCACGUUCCUAAUGUUUCAGCAAUGCACUUUUUGAUAGAUACUGCGUAUGCAUAGCAUUGUCUUCCAGCCAUUUUCUGAUUCUUAUGACCCCGAAGGAAGUUUUCAGUAGGUGUUUGAGUACUGACCUAUCUAGGUUUAGGUCAUUAGUACGUUUUUGGAUGCAUAAGACCAUGUGGACUCCUUCAUAUCUCAUAUAUAUAUAUAUAUGGUACCGUUAGCUUUAGAUACGGCACUUAGCCGUUUGUGGGCUUUGAACCUCUUUGGUCGUAUUUCUCGCCAGUGAUCGGUUGCUCGUCAACGCCCUACUCUUCGUAAAUACUUCAGUCUGUUUAGAUGGAGAUAUCUCCGUGUCUUCGGAGACAUUAUUUCAUUGAGUUCUCUGGCGCAUUAGUCACACAAGCUUUAUUCUGUGACGAAAUGACUGGGUUCUUAGUGGAUUCGUUUACUGGUUUUCUGUUUCCUUAGGUCUGCUUUGCGUCAACACGAUGUGUUUCACCACAGGUAUCUAUCUUGACUACCUUGUUAUUCUCUUCGAAUGUAACACCCUCCUUAGUUUUAGUUUCAAGAGCUAUUUUACUAUUGAUGACACUACCUGUGUUACCGUUCGACUUGUAACCCAUCACAAUGUCGCUGUAGGUGACGCUUUGUGAGGGUUGUUUAGAUCCUACUCUUGGAUCAAUACGAUCACCGACUUUUAGGGUGUUACAUGACUGGGGAGAGGCAUAUUCUUCCCAUUGUUUUUUAUUCUCUGGUGUUAAUUCAGGACCAUUCACCGUAGCUAACGGUUUGCAUGCCCUCUAUGGCAAGAAAUAAGAAGAGUAGAGGUCACAACCAACAAAGUAACUUGAAAAAAAUUAAUCGGAAUUACACAACCACGUUUUUCAAAGAUAAAUGUAUUUAUAAGAAGUGGAGAUGUAAAAUACCUUCAAACAGGGUAAAUCAGCUAUUGAUGAACGGAAAGAAACACGUUUGGCGAAUACGCGCAUGUUUUUACUGUAGACAGUAAGCCUCACCUAUUGUUUCAGACAGACAGGAUCGACGUAAAACCUCGCACAGGUGCAUCGGCUCAAGUUGCCGCACUUCACAGUAGCAUGUUAAGAUCAGGUGGAUAGGAAGAGUGAUACCAAAGUAGAUAAAGUAAUUGAAACAAUAAAUAAUCUGAAGAAAAGGCUUAGUGAAAAUAUUCAAGCUUUAGAAGACAUCAAAGAGUGAAUAAAUCUGCGUCACUGUUACUAGGUCUCAGCCAUGUCACCAAGAGUCCUCAACCACUGAUUCCUUUCAUUUCGGGGACCCUAGCACGGCACCCUACAUCUUGCCACACCUCUCAGACCAACAGUUAGGGACGUCAUCGACUGGUUCCAGGUAUUGGUCUCACCACCAUGAACCCUCUUCCAACUUAAUCCUACUUCCACCAGCAUGGCACGUUAAGGUAGGGGGUGGUUUGGCAUGCGCAACACAUAUCCAAGCCAUGUCAGCCGAUGAAGGUUCACAGGCUUAUGAAUGGACUUGUCUGUCCUACCUAGUACCCUUUUCCUUACCUCAACAUUGCUCAUACAGUGAUUCCACUAAACGUGAGCAAUACUGUAAAGACAUAUGUGAUCAAAACCCUGUAACCAUUUUGUGUCGUUUAAUUUUAACAGCCAUGUCUAACAGCCGUACAACAGGAUAGAAUGGACUGCAGUGCAGUAAAUUCGUCCUUUGAUAGAUAGUCGGGUAUUUCCUCGACACCACAGGUGACGCAAGUUGUCAAAUGCUAAACGCACCUUGUGGAUACUAGCUGAGAUUUCGCUAGCGACCAUCCCGUUCGUGCUGAUGCAACUCUCUAAGUAAAUGAAGUAAUCGAUAUAUUCUACCUCUUCACUCAUCACUAAACUGACUAGUUACAGACCAGUCAUAGAGUAUCAUCUCACAUUUGAUAGAUAGCAACAAAACGCAUACCAAACACUCAGAUUCCUGCUCGACGCGUUCAAAAGACCCUGCAUGUUGUCACCGAUUUCACUCAACAGGACAAUAUCGUCUGUAUACUCCAAGUCAACCAGAUGACCUCCAGAGAGUAGGUCAAUCCAUAUGAAGUCAUUGGUACCUAAUGUUAUGCCCAUUAGUACAUCUAUAAGGAAGUUAAAAAGGAAUAAUGACAGUGGGCAUACCUAGUGGACAUCAAUGCUUGUCAUCAAUUCCGAUGGUCCAACAUCAAAUACCAUUUGAUGAUGUUCAGAAGUAUGAACAUUUAAUGACUUUAAAAAGCUUCGACGUAACUUUUGCGUAUAUAGUUCCUGAUUGGUAGUAAUUUGGUACAUACUAAGUUUUUUAGUCUUAGAGACUGGUAUUUUGUUACUUAUAUCUCUGUAUUGUCUAUCAAUUAUUUAUUAUGAUCAUCAUCUAUCAACAUAGGACCCAGUUAUUACUGCAUAACGGUAUGAGUUGCAGUGAAUUGGGAGAUGAAGAAAAGAAAAUUCGAUCGAAAGAAAUAUAAAGUACUAAAAGAGAGAAAGGAAGACAUCGGUUCUCAGCCAUGUGCUCACCUACAGUCUCCAACCACUAGUUUCUCUUGUCCCGCAGACUCCGACCGGCUAGUCUGCAUCGCCCCACAUGGCUUAAACCAGCAGUCAAACACUUCAUACAGUGGUGCCAUGUUUUAGUCUGGCCACCUCGGGCCUUUUUCCAGCCUGGAGCUACUUCAGCCAACAUUAUAUGACGAGGCAAUCGGCGACUAAGCAUGCGUAGCACGUGUCCUAGCCAGGCAUCUCAGUUGAUGCAGGUUCACAACCAUGUCAACUGACUUACAUCUUCUCCCUAAAACUCUAUACCUGACUUGUGCGUUACGUGGUGACAGCACGAAAUACGGCCUAUUCUACGAAGGCCACAGUGGCCAAACACCUAAAGCCAGCCUUCUCAUGUUUUCCACCUUGAAUGGCCAUGUUUCACAGCCAUAGAGUAGAACAGCGGACUGCUGUGCCGUACACUAGACAAAUGAAUAUCACGGCGGUGCCACAGAUGGCAUAAGUUGGCAAAAGCCAGUCGAGCCGUUUGUAUUCGCGCAGAGACUUCAUCGGCCACUGAGUCACCAGGGUUGAUCCUAAUUUCCAGGUAAGUGAAAUAGUCGAUUAUUAUUUGAUAGCAUUUCAACCAACAUUUGAACUUAUACGUUUAAACAAGAAGUCUCAUGUAUUAUAUGAAUUCUAGUGAUACUAUGUGGCUGACCAGAACACAAUGGUUAGAGGAGGAUUCGAAACGGCAACCCCGCUGGUUGUGAAAGACGAGUAUCUAGACUAAUGAGUUAUAACUUAAACAGAAUUAGCUUUACAACUCACUUUUAUUGGAUGCCCUAACUGCUUGUGUACAGUAAUAUACACUACUAACCAUACAUAAAGUUUAUAACUGCCAAAGGUAUUAUCAUCAUAAAGUCAUUUUAGAAUUACUUUUGGGAAAUGUAAAGCGAUGAUCAGUUGUACUGUUGAUCGAUAUAUUAUUAUUAGUAUAUAGUUAUUUGUCCCUUGGGUUCCUAGUGGAACAUAGGGCUUUAGUAGGACAUCUCCACUGCACUCUAUUCUCUGCAGUCUUUUGAACCUAGCUCCAUGACUGCCCACAAGCUUUCAUUUCCUCCUUACAUGAUCUCCUCCGUGCCUCACUAGCCUGAGACGCGCAUCUCGUUGUUUCCCCUAUGGAUUUCACUCGAGUGUUUGGCGCGUGAUGUCUCCGAGUGGUUUUCUGUGUAUGCUCAAUCCAUCUCCACUUCCUUCUGCAUAUUUGUUGAAUGACAGCUUCUUGGUUGGUUCGUUGUCGACCAGAGUUCCUCGUCCCUUGUUUAUUCUUUCUGGCCAUCUGAUCUUCAGCAACGAGUGUUGAUGUUGAAAAUUUAAAUCUUGUUCUUUAUUCUGAGUGCAGUAAAUCUCCAUACUGAUUUGAGAUCAAUGAAGGAAGGCCUAUCUUGCUGUUUUCCGAACCUGGCCGUGGCAUCCUCGUCUGUAGUUAAGACGGUGCUGCGUUGGCAGGUAGGUGAAAGAGACAACUUCCUUUAGGUUCCAGCCGUUAAUAAUAAUCGGUGCUUGUUGUUAUUGGUUGGGUAUUAUCAUCACCUAUGUCUUCUCUACGUUCACUUGAAAUCCCAUCUUCGCUACCUCUUGUGUCAACUUGUUGGUUUUCGCCUGUAGAUCUUCGAGUUUUUGUGACAUUAGAUACAAGUUAUCGGCGAAAUUCAAAUCUUCCAAGAUCUUUUCAUCUGUCCAACCGACGUAUGCUCAUCUUUUCGCUGUUAAGUCGACCACAGUCAGGAAGAUCAUCAGUGAUAAUAGGUGGCGGUCUUAUCUUACUCCUUCCUGUUUUCACUUCAAAAGCGUCAUUGAGCUUUCCAUGAAUCGAUAUCAGGGAACCGUUAUUAUUUUUUUUAAAUCAAAAAAUAAUGAUUUUAACUUUUAUUUUAGGUGUUUUGUUAGCUGAAAAAAAUGUUUGAUACCCAGAAACAAAGUAUUUUUAUUGAUCAAUUCAACAAUGAAUUCAGAGGAUUUUAAUCGAUUACUUUCUCAACAAACUUCUGAUCUUGAAGUAACUGAACAAGAGAUUAUUAAAUUAGAAAAGUAUAAAUUAGAUUAUGAGACUGUUAGUAAUAAAAUUGAAGAAUUACAAAAAUCAGUUUAUAAAGAAGCCUAUAUUCCAUUCAGUCGAAAAGCAUUAGUUAAAGGUCUUUUAAUUCAUACAAAUGAAUUAUUAGUAUACCUUGGUGGUACAGAUGAUUAUUUCGCUGAAUUAUCAGUUUAUGAAACAGUUCAAUUAAUUACUAAUCGUAUUAAACAAUUAGAAAAUAAAUUGAAUGGAUUAAAUCAACAAAAAAUAUUAUUAAAUAAUCGUAUUAAUUAUACAAAGAUUUCAUUGAAAAAAAAUCAAUAA